AUGGCUGAUAAAAGUGGAGAGUAUCUCAAAGGAAACUAUGGUGAAAGUGGAAUGGAAGCUUUCAAAGACAUGUCGGCCAAGGAAGGAAUCUGCAUUGCACAUUCCUACAAGAUCUACAGCAAUGCCGGGGAGCAGAGCUUCGACAAACUGCUGCGGAAGCUGCGGAGCCACCUGCCCAAGGCCAGGGUGGUCGCCUGCUUCUGCGAGGGGAUGACUGUGAGGGGGCUGCUGAUGGCCAUGAGGCGCCUGGGACUCGCUGGGGAAUUUCUGCUGCUGGGCAGUGAUGGCUGGGCAGACCGGUAUGAUGUGACAGACGGGUAUCAGCGUGAAGCUGUUGGUGGAAUAACGAUCAAGCUUCAGUCUCCUGAUGUGAAAUGGUUUGAUGAUUAUUACCUACAGCUUCGGCCAGAAACUAACCACCGAAAUCCUUGGUUUCAGGAAUUUUGGCAGCACAGGUUCCAGUGCCGACUGGAAGGGUUUCCUCAGGAGAAUCCUAAAUACAACAAGACUUGCACGAGCCAGAUGACCCUGAGGACGCAGCACGUGCAGGACUCCAAAAUGGGCUUUGUGAUUAACGCCAUCUACUCCAUGGCGUACGGGCUGCACAACAUGCAGACCUCGCUGUGCCCGGGCUACGUGGGCCUCUGCGACGCCAUGAAGCCCAUCGACGGCCGCAAGCUCCUGGAGUCCCUCAUGAAGACAAAUUUUACCGGGGUCUCUGGGGACAUGAUCUUGUUCGAUGAGAAUGGCGACUCACCAGGAAGGUAUGAAAUCAUGAAUUUCAAGAAAAUGGGGAAGGACUAUUUUGACUAUAUCAAUGUUGGCAGCUGGGACAAUGGUGAGCUGAAAAUGGAUGAUGAUGAAGUAUGGUCAGAGAAAAAUAAUAUCAUCAGAUCAGUCUGCAGUGAGCCAUGUGAAAAAGGCCAGAUAAAG